AAAUAUACUUCAAAAAAAAAGGAAAAGAAUAUAAUAAGUUCUAUAAAUAUACUCAAAAUCAAUUCAAAUCAGAGUAGUAGUAGCGUGUAUCUAUCUGCUAAUUCUGCUCUGCUGCUGUGUAAGAAAAGCAAUCAGAAAUGGGAUCAUUAGCAGGUGGAGGAAAUUGGGGACCCUUUGGAAUGGGUUCCAAUAAUUUCGACGAUCUCAACCGCCGUAGGCGACGGAGAAGAAGAAACAGCGGCGAAUCAAAAGCUUCCAGCUCCGGCGAGAUCGCAGCCUCCGGGUCCGGUUACAGGUUCCCGGUAAAGCAAGCAGCCACCGCUGCCUCCCUCUGCUUCACCGGAGACACCAUCGCUCAGGUCAGGCAAAACUGGGUCAAGCAUAAAGACAACCUCCCUGAUAAUCCCCUGGAUGUUGCGGCGACUCUGCUAUCGGAGCACGAUUGGGUUCGAGCCCUGAGGUUGAGUUCAUUUUCUUUUCUGCUCCAUGGACCUGGUUCAUAUGCUUGGUAUCAGUUCCUGGAUCGACUUAUGCCGAUUAAAUCACCUAAAACGUUAUUGAUCAAGGUGAUAAUGAACCAGCUUCUGCUUGGUCCAACUACCACUGCUUCAGCUUUUACAUGGAACAAUCUUUGGUUGGGCAGAGGUUCACAGCUUCCAGAAAUUUUAAAGAAUGAUGCCAUUCCAGCUCUAAUUUUCGGUUAGAAUCUAGCUAAUAGCCUGAAUUCGUCUUGUCCAUAACCCAAUUAUAUUAUGAAUCUGUACUUGAAGUUGUUUCAAUAAUGUUCUGAAUCUGCAGGAUAUAAGUUCUGGAUCCCGGUAUCCGCAGUGAAUUUUUGGUAUGUAAAUUCACCAGCGUCGACUCUUUUUUCGGACAACCUUAACCAUUUGUCCGUUGAACUGGAUGACAACAUCCCUCUGACCUUCUCUUUUGUUGCUGUUCUAAUCAGGUUAAUUCCUCUUGAAUUUCGCGUGGCGUAUAUGUGCACGGGAGGCAUAUUCUGGAAUUUCUAUUUGUCUUCAACAAUGAACAAAGUGAAAUCCGUCGACAAGAUCAAGGAGGCUGGUGAACAAGCCAGUUAAUCAAGUUGUUCCCAUGAAUGAUAAAAUCCUCCGUAACUCAGUUGUGUGAUUCAAUUAGCCUGGAAAAGUUCAAACACAGUGUCAAUUUUAGCCAAAAAAAAAAAGUCGUAAACUAGUAGUGAGGGGCUUAGAACCAAGAUUUUCUCUUCACUGAGCUGAAAAUAAACGCUCAACUCCUCCAAAGAAUUCCAAGGCAGUUUUCUUUAUUUUUUAUUGCUUUUUUUUCUUUUUUUCUUUCCCAAGAGGAGCUGUUGGAGCUUGGAAGUUGGAAGGAGGAGAGAAUUCCAUAUGUAAGAUUGUUUUGUUAUCGUUUAUGUAACCGUUUUGAGCGGAUGAAUCAUAAUAUAUACUACUAUCCAUUUACUUUUAUAUGCUACUUUCUGGUUUGCACA